AUGGCUUCAUCAUCUCCUUUUUUCUCCUCCACUGCAACUUCAUUAAUCCUCCUACUAUUACACUUAUGUUGCCUAUUUGAUACUCUCCUUGGUAAAUCAAAAUUAACCAACUCCCCCACUUUUCACCAUCACCACCACCGCCACCACUCAACAAACCCACUUCACCAAGCCUACAUAGCUUUGCAAGCAUGGAAGCUUGUAAUCUACUCCGACCCCAACAACCUCACCUCCAACUGGGUUGGUCCAUUGGUGUGUAACUACACAUGUGUAUACUGCGCACCCUCUCCCCAUGAUCCCCAUGUCCAAGUUGUUGCUGGCAUCGAUCUCAACCAUGGUGAUAUUGCAGGCAUCCUUCCAGACGAACUCGGACUUCUUUCUGACCUUGCACUACUGCACCUCAACAGUAACCGCUUCUGUGGAAUUCUCCCAUCAACAUUAGCCAACCUCACUCUGCUCUAUGAGUUAGACCUCAGCAAUAACAGAUUUGUUGGCCUUUUCCCACUGGUGGUACUCUCCCUCCCUUCUCUGAUGUACCUUGAUCUCCGUUACAACGAGUUUGAGGGACCACUGCCUUCUGAACUCUUCAAUAAAGCCAUCGAUGCAAUUUUCGUCAAUAACAACCGCUUGACCUCAGUAAUCCCAUCCAAUUUAACGGGGAGUACAGCAUCUGUGAUAGUGUUUGCCAACAACAACUUAGGGGGAUGCAUUCCACCUAACAUAGCAAAGUUGGCAGAUAGUCUAGAAGAGCUGUUAAUGAUCAACACCAACUUGUCAGGGUGUAUGCCUCCAGAGGUAGGCUUCCUCUACAAGCUGAGAGUAUUGGAUGUGAGUUUUAACAAUUUAGUUGGUCCCAUACCUUACAGUAUCGCAGGAUUGGCACAUUUGGAGCAGCUGAAUCUUGCCCAUAACAUGAUGACUGGUACUGUACCAGCCGGUGUUUGCGUAUUACCAAGUUUGAUGAACUUCACCUUCUCCUAUAACUUCUUCUGUGAAGAGGAGGGGCCCUGCCAGAACCUGACAUCAAGAGGUAUUGUAUUUGAUGACCGCCGGAACUGCUUACCAGAGAAACCAUUCCAGAGGAGCAAGAAGGCCUGUGAUGCAGUUCACCCAGUUGACUGCUUUGAAUCACUGUGCUGGUAGCGCUGCUACUGCUGCUGCAACACCUUUGAUUUCACCUUCUGGUCACUUUUAGUCCUGUAGCUUGUGUGUCCAAAAAGAUAGAUUUGUGAAAAAUAUUUCAAUGUAUAAUACUGACUAUUUGCUAAUAAAUUAUGUACCCAAGUAGAUUGUGGCAAGAGGCCUCAGGGCUCUCCAGUGAAGUAAUGCUGAA